UAUUCAUAAAACGGAAAACAAAAACUAAUUAUUUUAGUUAUUUUACUGAGAUAGGAGAAGUGUUGGAAGACGACACCCAUUAAUAAAUCACAGAUUUGAUUUUCGGAUUAUCAAAAAUUCGAUUUUCGUGCUUUGGCAGUCUUAUAUUAGCUGUUAAUCUCGAUGGGAAAGAAGAAAUCCGAUGAAGCCAUAAAAGCCAAGCCAAAGGAAAAGCUCUCAGUAUCUGCAAUGCUUGCCAGCAUGGACACAAAACCCGAAAAACCGAAAAAACCACCGGUCUCCACUUCGAGCAAACCCAAGUCAAAAUCCGCUCCGAAACCCCCUUCUUACAUCGACGGUGUAGAUCUUCCCUCAUCUGAUGAGGAGGAAGAAGAGAUAGACUCCGAAGAAGAGAAAAAGCAAAUCGAGCUCCAAAAACGCCGGAAUUCCGCAAAAUCCCUCGACAUAAGCAUAACCGAAAAGGAGUUAAAGAAACGGGAAAAGAAAGACGUCCUCGCCAGCCAAGCUGCUGAGGUGGCGAAACACGAAGCCCUCAGAGACGACCGCGACGCGUUCACUGUCGUGAUUGGUAGUAAAGCUGCUGUGCUCGAUGGAGAAGCAGAUGCAGACGCUAAUGUGAAAGAUAUAACGGUGGAUAAUUUCUCCGUUUCGGCCCGUGGAAAAGAGCUCUUGAAAAAUGCAACGGUCAAGAUUUCUCACGGGAAGAGGUACGGGCUUGUGGGCCCCAACGGAAUGGGAAAGUCAACCCUGUUGAAACUCCUCGCUUGGAGAAAGAUUCCCGUACCUAAAAAUAUCGACGUACUUUUAGUCGAGCAAGAAGUAGUUGGUGAUGAUAGAACAGCUCUAGAAGCGGUUGUUUCUGCCAAUGAAGAACUCAUCAGUCUCAGACAAGAAGUUGCUUCCUUGCAAGAAGCAUCAUCGAACGUGCAAGAAGAUGACGAGGAAGAAAACGAUGUUGGAGAGAAAUUAUCCGAACUAUACGAUAAAUUGCAAUUAAUGGGUUCGGACGCUGCCGAAGCUCAAGCUUCAAAGAUUCUUGCUGGUUUGGGUUUCACUAAAGAUAUGCAGGCUCGUCAAACGAGGUCUUUUAGUGGAGGUUGGAGGAUGAGGAUUUCUUUAGCCAGAGCACUCUUUGUGCAGCCCACUCUUUUACUAUUGGACGAGCCGACAAACCACCUCGAUUUGCGGGCGGUUCUGUGGUUGGAAGAAUAUUUGUGUCGGUGGAAGAAAACUCUUGUUGUAGUUUCGCACGAUCGUGAUUUUCUAAAUACAGUGUGCAAUGAAAUCAUCCACCUCCACGAUUUAAAGCUCCAUCUCUACCACACGAAUUUUGACGGCUUUGAAACUGCCUACGAGCAGCGCCGUAAAGAAAUGAAUAAAAAAUUCGAAACCUACGACAAGCAGUUGAAAGCUGCGAAAAGAUCUGGAAGCCGUACACAACAAGAAAAGGUAAAAGAUCGUGCUAAAUUCACCGCAGCAAAGGACGUUUCAAAGGGUAAAGGCAAAGGCAAAGCAGUCGACGAAGACGACCCUGUACCGGAAGCACCCAAGAAAUGGAGAGACUACACGGUGGAGUUCCAUUUCCCAGAGCCAACCGAGCUAACUCCACCGCUCAUGCAGCUGAUCGAAGUCAGCUUCAGCUACCCUAACCGAGAGGAUUUCAGGCUAUCUGACGUGGACGUCGGCAUCGAUAUGGGGACCCGCGUGGCGAUAGUGGGGCCCAACGGUGCCGGAAAAUCAACACUGCUGAACCUCCUCGCCGGAGAUUUAGUUCCGAUGGAGGGCGAAGUGAGAAGAAGCCAGAAAUUGAGAAUCGGUAGAUAUUCGCAGCACUUUGUGGAUCUACUUACAAUGGAUGAAACCCCGGUUCAGUAUUUACUCCGUUUGCAUCCAGAUCAAGAAGGGCUGAGCAAGCAAGAGGCGGUUAGGGCAAAGCUGGGUAAAUUCGGGCUGCCUAGUCAUAACCAUUUGACCCCGAUUGUGAAACUGUCGGGUGGGCAAAAGGCAAGGGUGGUUUUCACCUCGAUUUCGAUGUCGAAGCCGCACAUAUUGCUUUUGGAUGAGCCGACGAAUCAUUUGGACAUGCAGAGUAUUGAUGCUUUGGCGGAUGCGCUGGACGAGUUCACUGGUGGGGUUGUUUUGGUGAGUCAUGACUCGAGGCUGAUUUCGCGUGUGUGCGAUAAUGAAGAGAUUAGUGAGAUUUGGGUUGUGGAGAAUGGCACCGUCGAGGCUUUUCCGGGUUCGUUUGAGGAUUAUAAGGAGGAGCUUGUCAAGGAGAUUAGGGCUGAGGUGGACGAUUAAUUCUUUACUUUCUGAGAUUAAUAAUAUGUUUUUCUUGUGGUUCUUUUUUUUGUGUUACAUUUGUGUAAUGGAUACUUGACUUUGCUGCAAUUGUGAUUGGAGUGUAAUGAUUUUGAGGAUACAGUUGAGAUACUAUGAUCACUUUUUUCUUGUAACUUUACCAAUUCUUUUUUUAUAAACUUGAAUCCUGGUUUUUUUUUUUUCGGUUA